AACAAACAUCAUUUCUCUAACACAAGAAAACCAAAGACUAUUGAUGAUAUUAAGAUUAAUUAGAAUUAAUGCUUAACAAUUAACAUAUAAAUUUCAUAUUUUAAAUAGUUCGGUUUGUUCGGUUCGGUUCGGUUUUGAAGGAUAAAAACCAAAACCGAACCAAACAACUUCGGUUCGGUUCGGUUUUUUACAUUCAGUUUCGGCUUCUUAGCGGUUCGGUUUUAUUUGGCCAAGGUUCGGUUUAAUUUGAUUCAAUUUUCGGUUUUCGGUUUUCGGUUUUUCGGACCCAGUCCUAUCCGGACAGGCGGUUCUAUUGAGAUCCAUAAUAUGACUUGCCUAAUAUAUUUUCCCUCUAGGAACAUGUAUAUGUCUUAUCACAUAGUAAUGCAUGCACAUGUAAUGCUCACACAAUAGCACAUGUAAAUGUUAGUACUUUCUUUGUAUACGUAGGAGUGCAUGCACAUGCACUUGUAUUGAAAAAAUUCUCUCUCCCUUAGCAAGGAUAGGCCUCCCAUGUAAUAUAAAUAUAUCUAUCCGUAUGACCAGGAAGAUAAGAAGAAAAAUACGAGGCUUCUAUUUGUGAAGUAUUCUCUCCUAAAUAAUUCCAGUAUAUUUUAUUUUAGCCAAUUAUAUAUUUAUCCAUUUAUAUUUUUAUCAUGGUAUCAGAGACGAAAUCCUGAAAAUAGUAUAUAUAUAUAUUAAAAAAAAAAAAAAAUCUCUCCAUAUUAUUUUUGUAAGAGCCCUUUACCCUAUCUUCUUCUUUAUUCCCUUUCUAAAUUAUGGCGGGUGAUGGUGAAACCAAGGCCAAAGACAUAGUCAUUGAUUCCAUGUCACCUUAUUUUAUCCAAUCCGGAGAUAAGCCCGGAGAUAUCCAUGUUACUUUAACUCUUCGAGAUGGAAACUAUGGAGAUUGGCUCGAUGAAAUGAGCAACGCCCUAUAUGCCAAAAAUAAAUUUGGCUUUGUAAAUGGUGAUAUACCGAUGCCUCAGUCCGACUCACCAUACCUUCCAUAUUGGCAACGAGCAAAUGCCAUGGUUAAAGGUUGGCUCAAUAGUAGCAUGGAGAUGGAGCUAAGGCAAAGUGUGAAGUUCAAAACGGCCCAAGAGAUCUGGACUGAUUUAAAAGAAAGAUUUGUGAAGGAGAGUGCUCCACGCGCUUAUGAGCUUCGGUGCUCCCUUAGCAACAUUCGACAAGAUGGCCAGUCUAUUUCGGCCUAUUUUAGCAGGUUACGUCGUGUGUGGGAUGAAAUGGUCUCUAUAAACACGGCACCUAAUUGCACAUGUGGUAAGUGUUCGUGCAAUAUUUCUAAACAGAUAAUUGAUUCCCGUGAUAGAGACCGUCUUUAUGAUUUCUUGAUGGGUUUGGACGAUGCUUAUGCACAAUUGAAGAGCCAGAUUCUGGCAACAAGGCCGGUUCCUACUCUCACCGCCGCAUAUCAUCUUGUUUCAGAGAGUGAACAACACAGGUCUAUCACAUCCGCACGCAAACCAGGUGGUGAUGGUACGGCUUUUUACACACAAACUAAAAGAGAGCCAAUUCCAGGACGACGUUCAACUGCAAAGGAAAGUCGGUCUUGCUCCUAUUGUGGAAGGACUAACCAUACUUACGAUGCAUGCUUUGCACGUAUUGGUUAUCCACCCAAUUGGAAUAUUAAAGGAAAAGAUAGUAGGCUGCCAGGGACUUUGACUCAAGCUAGAAUUGGUGGAGACCCACGUGUCUCACGUGAAGGAGGAAUCCGUGAGGUGCUUACUUCCAACCGCAAUAAUCCUUCACCUCAAAUAGCACAUGUGGACAGUAAACAAGGCAACCAAUUGGGAAUUUCUGAUGAACAACUCCAAAAAUUGGCCAGACUUGUAAGGCAUGAGCUACAGGACGAAACAAGCACACCCUCAUCUUCUAAUAUCAAAAUAAAUAUGGCAGGACUUACCCUCGAGGAAGCUGAUUGGGGUGGGCCGACUCCGUGAUGGUUUAUACUACCUUGAAAUUCCAAUAAAUGAGAAGGUGGCAAUGUCAGUUUCUCUCCAUCAUGAUUUAUGGCAUCAACGUUUAGGACAUGCUUCUGACGGAAAAUUAAAUUUCAUCAGUUCUCUCCAAGGUUUCAGACGGAGCAAUAAUUUCUGUGACUCAUGCGUACGAGCCAAACAGACUCGUUUGCCUUUUCCUGUCAGUACCAUUAAGACAACUCGUUGCUUUGAAUUAAUACAUUGUGAUAUUUGGGGCGGCUAUAAAUGUGAUUCCAUUUCCGGUGCACGUUAUUUCAUGACUAUAGUAGAUGAUUUUACAAGGGGU